GCUAGGAGGUCAACAGGCAGCUGAACUUAAUUGGUGCUCUUUGAAUCCUCCAUGGGAUGGGGAUGGGGAUGGGGAUGGGAUGGGAUGGGAGGCGCGCCGUGUUGUUUCGCGUUUGAGUAGUCUUCCCGGUCAAAUAAGAAAGCACCGACCGCCACUGUGUGUUAACUGUAAGGAGUCUCCCUCACCAGGUACCGCUAGCUACCUUCAUCUUUUAGGUGGCUUCCAAUAUUUGUCAAUUUUCCAAACCCACCUCCCCCCCCCCCCCCCCCCCCCAACCCCAAAAAAAAAAAAAAAAAAAAGAAAAAUCACUUCAGCUAGGGCUGUGGUAACUAGACAAGUCAAUCUAGUAGAGGGAGAGCAAACAGGCUGAUCAGCUAGCUCCUGCAAGCCACUCCGAGUUUUAAUCAGGAAAAAAAUAACACUCCCCCGCCGGCCAGUACCGUAUAUCUUCUUCCGUCGAAUCAUUUUGUGGUUGAUUGUUUAUUUCGUCUCUUUAAUUUCCCCCGUCGCCCCAAAAAACCAAAGAGGAUUAGAUUAUUCAGUAGUGCUAAAAUUGGAGGGAUCGGGUGUAGGUCAUGGAUUACAGUAUGGGUGGUAGUAGUACACAAUCAGGGUUUUGGGAAGAAGAAGAUGAGCAGAUGUCGAUGAUGGUUAGAUCGGAAUCAGGCGUAGUAAUGCUGCCUUUGUCGACAUCAUCAUCAUCAUCAGCAGCAGCAGCAGCUUAUGGUUCCUCCAUCUCUUCCACCUCCACCUCCUCUACAUCUCAUCACUACUACUACCCCCCUGCUUUGGGUACCCACGCCCAUUCUCAAAUUCAGGAUGUCAGGAGGCAGCACCACCACAACUUAUUCCCUCCUAAUUGCAAUUGGGGUUGGCAUGCUUCCGCUGUGCCCACUACCCACAACUUGGAGGAAGCUGGAGUAGUACUACACCAACCCCACGAAGCUGAUCAACAUCAUCAUCAUCAUCAUCAUCAUCAUCAUCAGGAACGUCGAGAGGAAUUAGCAGAACCAGGGAGCGCCGCCAUAUUCGGCGGAUCAUUUUAUAGUACUGAUCAGGGAUCAGCCGGAAGAAGAAGAUCAGAAGCGGCAGAUUCCGACGGCGCUGCGGGCGGGGUUGGGGGGAUUAACAUGUCGAGCAUACAGAGGGAGCACAUGUUUGACAAAGUGGUGACGCCGAGCGAUGUGGGGAAGCUGAACCGGCUGGUGAUACCCAAGCAGCACGCCGAGAAGUACUUCCCCUUGGAUUCUUCCACCAACGAGAAAGGACUGCUGUUGAACUUCGAGGACCGCAGCGGCAAGCCCUGGCGCUUCCGCUACUCCUACUGGAACAGCAGUCAGAGCUAUGUGAUGACCAAGGGGUGGAGCCGCUUCGUCAAGGAGAAGAAGCUCGACGCCGGCGACAUCGUCUCCUUCCAUCGCGGUGUUGGAGAUUCCGGUAAGGACCGGUUGUACAUUGAUUGGAGGCGCAGGCCCGACGCGCCUGACCCUGCGGCCACGUCCUUCUCAACCCUCUCGCUCCCACACCACUUGUCCUCCUCCUUCCGUCGGUCCUUGGGGUGGAAUCCCAUGUUCUUGCGGCCUCCUCCGGCGGCGACUGCGGCAUCGUCCGUGUCAACCGUACCGUGGGAGUACGCGCAUUUGCAGCAGCAGCAUCAUCAUCUUCAGAGGAUGAAUUGUGGUGGGUACGGCGGGAGUAGUGGGUCGUACGGAUACAGCAGCAGCGGCAGCAACAACAAUUACAAGAUGACGGUGAAGGGGGAAUCAUCAGCUGGGCGGGGUGUGCCAGUUUAUUACCAGGCCAGAUCCGCAGCCGCACAACAGCAGGUGGGAAUGGUGGAAGUAGAAGGGGGUGGAAAUGAUGAAGAAGAUCAGGACGAAGAGCGUAUAGUAUAUGAGUCGGUGCCGGUGGUCAAAAGCAAGGCGGCAGCUGCCAAUAAAAGACUCAGGCUGUUUGGGGUAAACAUGGAGUGUUGUCCUCCCAAUUCUGAUUCCGAUGAGUACACCUGCCAUCAAGUGUUGUCCUCCUCCACCACCAGCCCCAGCACCACCGCAAUCGCCGCCACCACCUCUCUCCUUCCGCAUGCUGCUACUACAAUAAUGCCAUCAUCAUCAUCAUCCUCAUAUGAUCAUCAUAAUCAUCAUCAUCAUCAUGAGUACGCUUCUAAUCCCAGCUCCAACAAUUCCCUCCUCCUGCAUCCCCUCCAGCUGAGGCUCUACAACGGUGCCCCCGCGUCUGUGCCUGUGUCAGUGCCUACCGACAAAUUUUGGGAAUUAAGGAAUCCACCCCCUUCGACUGAUUAAUUUGCUAAUUAAUUGGGUCGAUUUUAAAGAUCGAUUUCAGUCGAUCCAGAAUUAAUUUGACAGAUGCAGCAAAUUCAUUGAGGAUGGAAGCUAGUAUGCGCUGCAAAUACAUUAUAUUUUGAUCAGAAUUGUCAAUUUCGUGGAGGCUGGCCAAGAAAUGAUGAAGAAGAAGAAGAAGAAGAUAGAUCUCAAUGUCCGUCUGUUGAUCGAUUGGUACAAAUUAAUUUUGAAGAGACAUUUACAUAUAGUUUCCGUCAUCAUUGGCUAGUUGAAGCACGCUAAUUAAUUGGAAUUGAUGGAUGGAGAAGAUCACCUAACCCUGAAAGGGCGAAAAUUUAAGUUCAUCAAUGGAUCCAUUCUUAUAUAUAUAUAUACCCUGAAAGGGCGAAAAUUUAAGCUCA